AUGAAAACUUCUCAAAUUGUGAAUGUGGCCGUAUCAGAAGCAGGAGGCUACGACAAUUUGGGCUACACGAGGAAGGAUGCAUAUAAUUAUGAUGACAAAGAGAGGAAAGAACAAAUCAGUGAAGGUGAUGCCGCAAAAGCCCUAGCCUACCUACAAGCUAAAUGCAGCGCGGACGAGCAUUUCGUUAUUGAACUAAAGAAGGAUGACGACCGGCUUAUUAACAUCUUGUGGGCCGAUAGUGUUUCUGUCGCUGAUUAUGCAUGCUUGGGAGAAUUACUGUCAUUCGAUGCUACUUACAAAAGGAACAUUUACCAGAUACCUCUCGUGAUUUUUUCAGGAACAUGUCCUUCGCACAUACAAUUAUCCUGA